AUGACUCCCUCUUCCGUCGCCAAAGAAGACCUUCUCUUCCUCCUCGCCUUCGACUCCCUCGUCACUCGGAUCCCCUUCUUCACCUCUCCUUCUCCUUCCUCCCUCUCUGCUUUUCCUCGACGUUGUUCCUUUCCCUCGCAUACUAGAAGCUACAGCCGGCCUGCCGCCUUUGCCUCACUUUCCCCCGGUUCCUCCGAGCUCCAUCGCCUCUGGAGCCACUUCAACUGGUUCGUGUGUUUCCAUAGCGAACCCCGUGCCCCCAUCGGGUUUGCCUCCGUCGGCCUCUCGAAUGACGAGAUCCGUCUAGAGGAUGAGAGCCCUCUCAUUGCCGAGGACAACGGCGCCCCCAUUAACGGCGUGGUGGAGUAUGAGAGGCCGAAGAAGGUUUUGAUUUUGAUGAGUGAUACUGGUGGUGGGCAUCGCGCGUCGGCGGAGGCCAUCAGGGCUGCCUUCAACCAGGAAUUCGGCGAUGAGUACCAGGUCUUUGUGACUGACUUGUGGACGGAGCAUACGCCCUGGCCAUUUAAUCAAUUACCGAGAAGCUACAAUUUUUUGGUAAAGCAUGGUGCUUUGUGGAAAAUGAUGUACUAUGGUACUGUACCUCGCUUGGUGCACCAACCACAUUUUGCGGCAACUUCAACGUUUAUUGCUCGAGAGAAGUGA